GCAUGGUUGAAAUGGCCUAUAUAAGGAAGCUUACGCGUACACUGCCGGUACUCAGAUUUGGAGAACCGCAUUGGGAGGACAUUAGUGACUUAGUUUGCGAAAUGGGCCUGACUGGAAAUCACCUCGUCACCCUUUUGCUCUACGUCGCAGUAGUCAACGAGAUACGGUUACCUCUGGUAACAUGUCAAGACGAAGACAGUACUCAAUGCAUGCCAAAAACAGCUUUCUUGGCCCUCUUACGUCAUCCGGAAGUGAGUUCGAGCUUGGCCGCCUAUUCCAGAGCGGCAAGGGUGACUCAAGAUACGAAAAGUCGUAACGACAUGGCGCAUCUAAGGGCUUUGACCGAGGAGGGCGACGACACCGAGAUCUGUGUUCCUGGUCGUGUUUAUUUGCAAUUGUUGAAGGAUCCCGUCGUACGUGGUGACCUCAGCGCAAUCCUCAACGGAAGAACGCAGAAGGUGCCGGAUCUUCUGGGACGUUUGAUCGACGACACCGACGAGAUGGAUGCGAGGGAAUAUCCGUUUGAAUAUCAGAAAAGAAGCAUCGCGACGUUGGCCAAGAACGAUGAUUUGCCGAUUAGUCUUCACGAUCGUAUGGCAGAAAAUGAGGAUGACGAGGAAAAGAGGGCAGUAAUUUCCAGCGAUCAUUCAAUUCUCCGGGACUACCUUCCACCCAACGGCCGAUCAGAAGAGCAAGCCUUAAGAGAUUUCUCUAUGGAGAAGCGAAACGUCGGCACCCUGGCCCGUGAUUUCGCGCUACCACCCGGCAGACGCAACAUCGCGUCCCUGAUCCGUGAUUACGAUCAGAGCAGAGAAAAUCGCGUGUCGUUCCCUGGGAAAAGGAAUGUCGCGUCCCUUGCAAGAACGUACACCCUGCCUCAAAACGCUGGAAAAAGGAAUGUGGGAUCCGUGGCAAGAGAGCAUGGACUGCCUUAUGGGAAACGAUACGUCGCCUCCUUGGCGAGAACGGGCGAUCUUCCUAUCCGUGGUCAAAGGAGCAUCUCCUCUUUGGCCAGAACGGGCGAUCUUCCUGUCCGCGAGCAAAGGAGCGUCUCCUCUUUGGCUAAGAAUUCCGCUUGGCCUGUGUCGUUGAAGAGAGGAAUCUUUGUGCCCGGGAGCGUGAUCCUCAGGGCGCUCUCCCGCCAAGGUAGAUCGUUCGACGCAGACACGAAUGCGAGAAACGAUCUGUUGGAUCUUCAGGCGCUUGGCAACUUGCGACAGAGUCAGGAGAACGAUUACGAAAGCGAGGAGAAGGUGAACGAUUCGUUGAAGGUCGACUCGAAUAUUAGGAGAUCCAAGAGGGAGAUUGCUUUCUCCGACGAGUAUCCGCUUCCUGUGAUGCAGAACGCGAAUAUGUUCGAUUACGAAGAGAUGAUGGAGGCGUUUGGUGGACAAUAUCCUAAUGCUGAGAAGAGGUUCAUGGGAACAGGUUCUGCACCGGAGAUGCAGCCGGAGGUAGACCAGUUCGGCUACCCGGAAACGUUUCAAGCGAAUAAAAGGCACAUCGGGGCCCUGGCACGCCUUGGUUGGCUUCCAUCUUUGAGGACCGCCAGAUUUUCGCGGUCACCUCGGUAUUUGGUUGACAGGGAGAAUCCCGCAGAUGGGCCCUCGCCCAACUACUCCUCCAACUCGUCGACAAGGUCGUUAAGGCCUAAUCUCAAUCCAAGAACACGCUACAUUCAAGCCUUGCACGGGGAUUGUCGACACGGCUUCAAAAGGUUUCUUCUAUUACCGGCUACGGAUAAUAAUUAUUUUCAUCAAAAACUUCCUAGCUCGUUGCGAUCCAAAUCGUUAUAAAUCGUUUUAAAUUAUCCUCUACACGAUAAAUAUCGAUAAAAUAAUCAUUUUGUUGAUAACUUUUGCUCAUGUAUCUUUGAAAUUGAAUAACAUUUAUGAUAUUUUGUUUUUAAAACUUGAAUUUAUUUAGGGAUUUACGUAGGAAUUUUUGAUAUUUAUCUAUAAUUGAUACGAAGUUAUUUUUUUCUUGAUUCGAUAUUACCUGUAAUAGAUAAAACAAUUUUAGUGAAUUAUAUGCAGCCUAUCAUUGCUUUCUUUUAGACAAAUUUUCAAUUGGUAUUUUUGGAUCUUAUAAAUGAUUAAAUUAGAGUUUAAAUUAUUUAAUUUUUAGAAUAUUUUAAUUAUGUUAAAAUGUAUUGUAUAUUAUUAUAGAUUAUUAAUAAUAAUUCUUAUUUAAAUGAUAUUAGAAUACAAAUUUGAAGAAAAAUGAUAAAUGAAAUUUAACUGAAAAAAUGAUAUAUGAUUAUUUGUAAUUAUAUAUGACUUAAUUAAUCAAGGGUUAAAUUAUGAAACUCUUUCUUAACUCUUUCUUACCAUUUAGAAAGGUUUAUAAAAAUUGUUAUAUGUAAUGGAUUUUCCAAUUAAGUAUGAUAUUUUCGUAUUUUAGCAGUUAUUAAUGUUCGAUUUAAUAUAUUGACUAUUCUAUCGUUAAUUUUCACGGAUCUAUGCUACUAAAUUUUUAUCACUAACUGAAAAUUUUAUAUGGUGAAUUAUUUACGCUUUCUAUCGAUGUACAAUUUGACUCGUACUAUUUUAUAUAUAUACAUUUUAACGACUUUAUACAUAUACUGUAUUUAAUUCAGUGCUUACUAUCCUAAUAUUGUAAAUGUAUGUUUAAGGAAAAUAACAGUCAAUGCGAAUUCUGAGCGACGUUCAAUUUUUUAUGAAAUUUUAAGAUUAGAAAUCGAUAAUUAUUUUAGUAAUUUAUAUUUUAUAAUUUAUAUCAAUUUACUAUUAAUUUAAUUUCUUUUUGGUUUAACGAAUAUCAUUUAUAAUCCAAUUUUACAAUUUUACAAAUUUAAUUUAUAUUCAUUUAAAUUGACAAAAUAGAAGUACGAUUAUCAUAAAUUUUGGACAAAAUUGUACGCUGCUCGAAUAAUAUUCGUUCAAUCUUGAAUUAUAAUUUUUCAAAUUUAAUCAAAAUAUUUUUAUAAUUUGAAGCGAUUAAUGUUAAGAGACAUUUUCAGAAAUUAUUAUUUUUUUCCAUAAUUAAUGUAAUUAGACAAUAAUCAGCGACAAUAAUAUUAAGAAUAAUAAUUCUAACAAUACUAUACUAAUAAUAUCAAACAUCCGAUUCAUAUAUCUAUUUUGCAUUCUAAAAUCCUAGCUAAUGUUUCAAAUUAAUUUUGAAAUUUUGUAUCUAUUUAUCUGAUAUUUUUAACACAUUGUAUUCUUUUCUCGAAUAAAUAGACAGUGGCGAGAAUAGAAGCAGGGAAAUGCUUACUUCUAAAUUCAAUUCAUUGAUAUUAUAAAAUAUAAUUCCAAAAUACAAACAAUUUUAUGUCUUUUAAAUAGACAUAAGUUAAAAAAUUUUCAUUUCUAUUUAUUUUAACACAAUUUAAUAUCGUUACAUACAAUUUCAAAGUAAAAAAAACUUUGCAUAAGAAUUUUCUCUAUUUAUAUGCUUGCUACUGUAACAUGCAAAUAUACAAUAUUUAUUCUAAAUGUAAAUGUAAUUAAUUAUAAGCAACGUUAACAAUCAAAUAGCCUGAAUCAUUUCUUCUGUAUUCGAGUUUAAUAAGAGUUCAUCUUUCUAUUAAGAGAUUGUUCACCAAGGUAAUACAAAAUUUUUCGACAAAUUUCCAUUCGAUAUUUCUAUAGCCGCGAUUCUAAGGAUGAAACAAGAUGGAGGAAGCCGUGAAGCGAUCUUCGACGUAUAGCAGUAGUCGGUGUAAAAUCUUAGUGCUCAGGGCUUGCAGGCUCCGAUAGUAACGCAAAAAUUCAGCUUUCUUUUGUCCAUGAUACAUGUUUCAGUACUUAUCGAUAGAUCAUUGUGUAAUAAGUGUAAUAUUAAAUGUAACAAACGAUCGGGAAGAAUAAUUGCGAAUAAUUAUGAAUCGAUCGAUAAUGAUCGAUUUGUCAUUGAUGCGGAUGACAGUGUACACUGUCUGUUCGAUCGCCUUCGAUUUUAUGAGGAUAUAUUGAUGUUUUUGUCUAGACAAUAAUGAGUAAACGAGACAAUAAAGCGAUAAUAAUGAACGAUGAAAUAAAUACCUUGUUUGUCAUAUCAUCGA